AUGGCUCAACCAACACAAAAUAUCUAUGACAACCCUACUUUCUUCAGUGCAUACAGCACCCUUCCGCGCUCAGCGCACGGACUUGACGAGGCACCCGAAUGGCCCACCCUGCAACAGUGGAUCACCGGAUCGUCCUCCAACAUCCAGAACCAACGGGUCCUCGAUCUAGGAUGCGGGUAUGGCUGGUUUGCGCGAUGGGCUCGAGAAAGCCGCGCAUCGUACAUCAGGGCGAUCGAUGUAUCCGAGCGCAUGAUCGAUCGCGCAACGGAAUUUGACCAGCAAGGGGAUAAAUCAGAACACGCUCAGCCAGAGACUAUACGUUAUGAAAUUGGAGACCUUGAGACAAUCACCUUUGACAGCCAGGAAAAAGACUCUUAUGGCCUUGUCUAUAGCUCUUUGACGUUCCACUAUAUUGAGGAUCUGGGUCGCUUGUUCCGCGAAAUUCGAGCGUGUCUGAUCAAACCAUCCUCUUCGGACAAGGACCAUACGAAGAGGAGAGGAAAACUAGUCUUCUCAGUUGAACAUCCUGUCUGCACAGCGCCAGUUGUCCCAGCCGGGGAUUGGAAGGUCGUUCAGGAUGAUCAAGGCGUGGGGAGGAAGUUCUGGCCGUUGAAUAAUUACAGCGAGGAAGGGCUACGCACAACGAGCUGGCUUGGGACGGAAGGAGUUAGGAAAUAUCAUCGCACCGUGGAGACUUACGUCUCACUGUUGCUCGAGAAUGGGUUUGUGUUGACGGGUUUGAAGGACUGGGUGCCGUCAAGGGAAGAUGUGGAAAGACAUCCGGAAUGGAAGGAUGAGAGACAUCGUCCGUAUUUUUUGUUGAUUGCUGCUGAGGUUUGGAAUUAG